UCUCCACGGAAAGCACCGUCUCCUGGGGCGCCUGUCUGACACGCGUUAUGUGCUCGAUGCCAGGAUUUUCGUCGCAGCUGGCCGGAUGACAACGACGUAACAUCAUGGCGGAUAACGAUAAGAAGCCGAUGUCACGUUUAAUGAAACUCGCCAACAAGUUCAAUUGCUUCUACCUGUCAGGUUUACAUGCAGGAGAAUGCAGAGCUUUUGUUGUCGAUGGACAGCAAAUUGGACUUGUUCGUCCGGAUGUGAUGAAGGAAAUAUUAAAUCAUCCUCAAGUAUUUCAAGUACAUCCCGAAUAUGUGCAAUUAAAUCCAGCCUUUCGGGAUUAUGCUGAAAGAAGUGCACGCGUCGAUGAAGUAUUAAGGGAAUGGAUGGCUGGUGGGAAGUUUGUAACAUUACGAGGCUGGAGAGAGGAAUGUUAUGAAGUGCGUGCACAAUUUAAUACGCUACCAUUGUUUAAGAUGGAUCGUUCGGCUACAUGUCUAUUUGGAAUUCGGAAAUACGGAGUGGAUAUAAACGGCUAUGUAAUGGAUCCUGUCAAGGGCUUGUCAAUAUGGUUACAAAAGCGUAGUCCGAAUAAACAGACAUGGCCGGCAUAUUGGGAUAGUAUGGUGAGUGGUGGAUUGAGUGUUGGUUAUGGUAUAAAUGAAACCGCGAUAAAAGAAGCUGGCGAAGAAGCUGGUAUACCGAAUCAUCUCAUUGCUAAGCUUAAGAGCGCUGGCUGCGUAUCGUUCUUCUUUGAAAGUGAGAGGGGUCUGUUUCCCAACACGGAAUUUGUAUAUGAUCUUGAACUGCCGCCCGACUUUGUACCGAACAAUAGUGAUGGAGAAGUAGAGACCUUCGAAUUACUCCCCGUUAGUGAAUGUUUAGAGAGGAUACUUUCCCCACAUUUCAAAACCACUUCUGUACCAGUUGCCCUUGACUUCUUAAUUAGACACGGAUACAUUACAGCAGAGAACGAGCCUAACUUUAUACAGAUUGUGGAGUUACUUCAUGUACCUCUGCAAACUAUGUACAAUCAUCGACACAAAGCUAGUAAUAGAAUGGCUAAUGGCGAAGCGAUCGAUGCUUUAGAAAAAGUUUAAGUUUCGCUAGGCUUUUAAUUUAUACUGUGCUAAUGGCUAUGAAUUGAAUGAAAUGAAUGAUGUUCCUUUUCUAUGUUUCUUCAUUGGACAAGUAUUGAAAAAUCUCAUAUUACAUACAGUUGUACACAUGUAAGACGUAAAGAGCUUUUUAUAAUUGAUAAAGAUCAUAAUUUAUAAAGAGGACUACAUGGAUUUAUAGAUAAAACACACUUCUAUUGAGUUGGCCAUAUUUUCUGCAUUCAUUUUAAUUGCGUAUAUUGAAUUA